AUGAUGUUUUUGAAUGAGCAUCCUAUUUGGGCAGAUAAUCAUCCUGUACCACCAAGCAUCGUUUAUAUUGGUGGUAUACACCAAGCCACAGAAAAAGAAUUACCUAAGGAUCUCCAAAAUUAUUUAGACUCGUCGAAACAUGGUGUCAUAUAUGUGAGUUUUGGUACAAAUGUAUUGACAUCUCAUUUACCACCGGAAAAAGUUAAAGUUAUGGCAAAAGUAUUUUCUGAACUACCUUAUGACGUACUAUGGAAAUGGGAUAAGGACAUACUACCCGGACAAUCAAAGAAUAUUAAAAUAUCUAAAUGGUUCCCUCAAACUGAUGUUUUAAGACAUCCCAAUGUUAAAUUAUUCGUAACUCAAGGUGGUCUACAAUCGACAGACGAAGCUAUAGAUGCUACAGUGCCAUUAAUUGGUAUUCCAAUGUUAGCAGACCAAUGGUAUAAUGUAGAAAAGUACGUUUUUCACAAAAUCGGAUUACAACUUGAUAUGCCAACUUUAACAGAAAAGCAAUUUAAAGAGUCGAUAACAACCGUGAUUGCUGAUAAGAGGUAA